UUUCGUUUUAGAUCUUUAUCCAGGGAUAAUAGACAUGAAGUAGAAAAACAACAAGCUCUUGUCUUUAUACGUUCCAUGAUGGAUAAAAAUUGUCAAACUUUCAUGACCACUGGCUUGGUUCGAGCAAUAGUAGCAAUAGCAGAAACUUCUGAAGAAAAACUUCGGCAGUUAGCCAUUGAGACAUUAGGCGAAUUGAUGGUUCGCGAUUUUGGUCUAUUAGCUGAAUCAGAUGGUAUCAAAGUUUUGAUGAGCAGCUUAACCGAUGGAGGGAUCGGUUCUAGUGAUUUAGCACCUUAUCUUGCUGCAACAAUCAUGGCAAUGGUCGAUCGUCCAAUGUUUCGUCAAUAUCUUAGACCUGGUGUGGAUUUUGAGAUCGCGUUGGCUGGAAUCACUGAGGCGGGAGCUGCUUCUUCACAAGCGCAUGACGAACGGGUACGGGCUAGUGCUCGUCUGAUUGUGUUUUUAAUGAAGUCAUGGACUGGUUUGUCCUCUUAUUACCUUCCACACUUGUUCACCAAGCUUAUUUUACUUAGUGCAUUAUUUGAAAUAUUUCAAAUUAAGACUUCAACUUGGUAUAGCACUUUCAUGGCUGGUAAACGAUUGACUUGUCAUACCCAGCAACCUGCGAAAGAAGCGCCCGAAAAGGUUUCCGAACGGGCCACACUAGUCGAACAUUUUCUUGCGGUCAUUCUUCUCGUCUUUUUCGAUGUCAAUCUUUUGGAAACAUUGAUUGAAAUUACUGAAGCAAAACCUCCUGCCGAAAACAUUCUUCCUUCAACUUUACGUUCCGCUCAAUCUUCAUUGGAGAAAGCCUCAGAAGUCAGAAAAAAAGCUUCUUUAUUGAUUGCUGAGAUCUUAGACUUGUCCAACCGAGUCUUACCUCUUCAUUAUGGUACUCGGAUACAAUCAUUACCUAGACUCUUUGAACUAGCUGCAUCAUUUCAAUUACGUGAAGACCGGUCUACAGGUACAGCUGCACUUCGAGAGGUUGAUAGUCUACAUCGGACCAAACAACGAUUGGCUUCACCAUUCCUUUCAGGCCGACAUCGCUCAGCUUCCAACUCUGCGCAUCGAAUCAAUCUAAUCAACAUUGAUGAUUUUACUUUCCGAGCAUUGGUAAUUGAAACACAAGUGCUUGUCACUAAAGAUCAUACACGAUGGAAUAUUGAAAAACUAUUGGAACUUAUGGAAGGUACACUUUAUAUGAAUCCUAAACGAUUAGAAGAAUUGACUAGAAGUACUAAGAUUAUGAAACGAGUACUUGGGUUUUUACAUCCAUUUGAAGGAAGAUAUCCUUAUAUCAAACGAACUAAACAUACUUCAAAGUAUACUAAAUUGGCUUGUUCUACACUUCAAACUUUAUUGAGUGAUUCGGUUGGUGUUAGGUUUUUAACUGAAGACAAGUUGGUGGAUCAAAUCGGAUUAGGCUUAAGACAAUUAGAUCCGGUAUGUGGAUUUAUCAUCAUCACCGAUUCUUUGUUUUCUCAAGCUCGGGUUGAAGAUACAUUGGCACAUGGGUAUUUUGAAAUGCUUGGUACUUUGAGUCGAUAUCCAGAAGGAAUCAAACUUAUGGAGAAAUGUAAGAUUUUCACGUCAUUCUAUGCGUUAUGUGAGAUGAGAAGUAGGGAUGAUUUGAUGAAAGAAGUGAUUGAGAAUAUUGAUUAUUCAAUUAAUGGACAUUGUAGAUUAGUUUUAUCUAAAGCACUUACUUCUACUGUAAAACAUGUUAGAUUAUUUUCAACUCAUCAUUUAGAAAAAUUAAUUUCACGUUUGGAUUUAAAUCAAUCUUCUUCAAGUCAUCAUUUAAGUAAUAAUGCAGGAGGGAUCGGAUGGUUAAUUAAACUUUUGAUCACUCAACUUUAUGAUCCUUCACCCGAAGUUUGUGGUUUAGCAGUCGAGAUCUUAGAAGAAGUUUGUACAGGUUCGAUUGAAGUUUUGGAAACUGUGGUGAAUAUGAGACCUGCAUUAGAAAACUUGGGUGAGGUUGGUGCUCCUUUAUUAUUAAGAUUUCUUUCUACUUCGGUUGGGGCAAAGUAUUUGAAGGAAAUCGAUUGGACUGAACGAGAGAUGGAUGAAUGGUAUAGGGAGCGUAAUAGAGACUAUGUGAUACAGCUUGAGAUGUAUUUGUCCAAAGUGUUGAAUGCGGAUGGAACAAGAGAUGAAGAAGAUGAAGAACUAAUAGCCAGUGCGGAUGGAACACCACCGCCACACUUCUACGGUGAACUUGUGAAGACAGAAGAAGGAAGAGAACUUUUAAGAUCAAAGGGACAUUUCCAAACAUUUCUUGAUACGAUUCGAAAACAUGGAUUAGAAGAAACCGAUUUAGAAGUGAUCACUGAGUUAAAGACAGCACUUUGGGCGGUUGGAAAUAUCGGAUCAUCUACUGGUGGUUUAACAUUUCUGGAACCUGAAGGUGUGAUUGAUGAGAUUGCUGGAAUUGCUGAGACUAGUAAUGUAUUUUCUGUUCGAGGAACAUGUUGUUAUAUUCUAGGUUUGAUUUCAUCGACAUUAGAAGGAUCCGAAUUAUUAAGUGAUUCAGGUUGGAAAUCCGUUCAAACACCAUUAGGAACGUUAACCGGAAUCUGUGUACCUGAAAGAUUAAAUGAAUUUAUUGUGAAUCCGACAUGGAAACUUAAAAAGAAACCAUUACCCGAUUUAAUUCAUUACUCUGAAUUCAAUUCAACUUUACAUCGUCAGAUUUUAGUAGCUGUUGCUAAUUUGAGUAAUCAUCUUUUGGCUAAUAAUUCAUCGAGAACUCUUGCAAGGAUUAAACUUAAACAUCGGCAAACAUUUCAAGAUCCAGCUUUGUUUCAUAGAGCAUUAACGAUUUUAGCCAACUAUCCAUAUAGAUUAUUAACAAGACGUUACGUAUUAGAAUUAUUUGGAGAUAUUGGAUUAGAUCUGAAUAGAGUACAAGAAAUUUGUAAUGCAGGAGAAGCAAUGAGAAUGACAAGAUCAGAAACAAAUCAUACGAUUACACAAGAGUAUCAAAAUCGAAAUCGGAAUAGAAGGAUGACAAAUGAAGGACUUGAUGAAGAUGAAGAUGAUGAUGAAAUUGAAGUGAAAUUAAAUGAUCUACCUAUUAGAAGUGGAACUGGUUUAUUAGAAGCUUAUGAUAAAACUGAUUAUUUCAGUGAUGAAAGUGAAGAAGGUGGUGUUGGAGUGAGUAGUAAGAAAUUGAUUGGAGGUGUUGGAGUGGGAGUAGGUAGAACUAAAGAAAUUGUUACUCAUCUUGAACCUAUGAUUACGAUUAGAGGUUUCUUGUUAUCUUGAUUUUUUUUUGAAUCUUUGGAUCUUUCGUUUUACAGGAAAAUAAUGGGAUUAUGAUUUUGAAUUUUAAUGGAAAGUUUAGGAAGGGGUUUUUGGGGAACCAUUUUUUUUGGUUUGGAUUGUACAAAAUAGAAUGUAUGUUUUGAGUUUAUAAGAGAUGGGUUUAUUUUGUACAUAAUGUACAUACAUAGGAUUAAUGUGAACAGUGCAUGUUGUGUAUAUAAAGGCAUUUAAGUUUUGUGAUGGCAUACAUAUCUAUUUUGAAAUUUG